UAUAAAUUAUAAAUUAUAUUUUUAUACAGUCUACAUAAAUAUUCAAGAGAGAAGUCGAAGAGACAACAAAAUUAUAACUAUACAACAAAUUGAGAAAUAGCUGAGAACUAAUUAACUUUUAUAAUUAAUUAAAGAAAAUGUUUCGUUUUUUUACUCGCAAAAAGAACUCUAAAUCCGCUGAUAUACCCACAACUCAAACGACAUCAGGUGAAAAUUUAGAGGCACCGCAACCGGCCUUGAAUGCAACUACUAGCAACACUUCAGGAAUUUCCACAGUUACAUUGCAGAAUGCUGAUGACAAUUACAAUAAAUUUGUUAGUAUUGAUAAAGAAACCAUUGAUGAUCUUAUCGCAAAUAAAUCGGCAUUAGCAAGAGCUGAAGCAUUGCUCAGGCCAAGCACCAACGAUGAACAGGCGAGUACAUCAGCUGCCGCAUCACUAGCAGAAAAUUACAAUCGGUUCGGAUUUCAACCCCCUGAGCACAGAGCUAGUUUAGCGCAAACAGCAUCAAAUCUUGCAGCAUCUAUGUCAGAACAGUUCUCACAUUAUUCUGAGAAUAAUUCUCUGUCAGAGCACAUAUUUGAAAGUGACACGGCACCGUGCAAAGAGGAUUUUCUAAAAAGAGCAUAUCAAACAACAAACAAAGAUGUGCCAUCAACGUCGGUCACCAACGUAAAUGAUGAAAUCGCUAGCACUAGUCGAAACGAACGAGCUGAUCGGCAGAGUGGCAAAAAUAUUGGCAAUCCAUAUAGCACACUUAAGCAUAAUACGACCUUAUCGAAAAAAUUCAAUAACGACUCUACAGACAACACUGAAACAAUUACUGAGAGCAGAAAUUCUGGUACAGACGCAACACAUCAAGGUUAUAGUGAAGUUAAUUAUCGUCAAUCAAAGAAAAUUCAAAAAGGUAAACGACCAUCAUUCUUCAGAUAUUCCUUAAAUUUGGGAACAAAUAAAGGAACAUCGCCUGCUAAGGUUACGCGUUCAACUGACGUAACACAUAUUGACAAUGAAACACUCAGUCGAGUGACUAAAUCAAAUUAUAUAGUAAAAGCUGCGAAAACAAGUGCUUGGUCGUCUAAGUUAGGUAAUUUAUUUAUGGCGCGUGGACGAAAUAAUCAUAGUCGGAAUAAAAGUGUACAAAAUCAGACUAAAGUGCAACAACUUCAAAAUCAACAGCAACAAUUGCCGCACUCCAAACAACAACACCAACAUAGAGCUCUAGAAAGUAAUUCGGAGCUAAGUGCGGGCAAUAAAAAUGUGCCAUCGGAGUUUCUUAUUCAUAAUAGAGCAGUCAAUUCACCAGCCUUAUAUGAAACGCUAAUGAAUCGCUUUGAUAAUAACAAAAGUUUGACUACAAAACAAACGACUGCAAAACACCUUGAGCAGACCACCGACCCGCUUCGUCAACAGGCUGAUGACAGAAAUAGAUCUCAGAAUUCUACACAUAUUUUUAGCGCAGAUACCUUUCGCUCAGAUGUAGUCAACGGAGAACGUACACAGCGUGCUCAUUCAGCGGAUAUUGUCGGAAUGCAGAGUAAACGUGCUCGCUCGUCUUCAGCGGAUGAGUGCAAAACCGAUGAUGAGUUGUACACUGGAAGAGCGCAGAGCGCCAAGUUUUUGGAAGAAAGGCAUAAUUCGUUUACCACUCAAGUGCCAAAUAUUAACUCAAGCGCCUUCACAACAGACACAGUCUCGACGGCAGAAAACAAUACUGAAAGGGUCGGUAUCGAGCACGAAUGCGAUCGGAGCGGUGAACGUGAACAACAGCGCGAUUGUGGAUUUGCAGAAGUGGCAACUAGUGAAAAAGCCUCAAUCGGGUGUGAUUAUAGUGAAUUUGAUAAAUGCGCGCAUUUAACACAAAACGGUGUAAACGGUAUAAAUCAAACGGCCGAAGUCAAACUUGCGGCAUGUGAACGUGAUAAUUUGUGGCAAAGUAGUGUAGCAAGAGAAACGCGAAAUAUUGAACCGCAAGACAGUACGCCGGGCGACAAUUUGCGUACGUACGCUUCAAUGGGGCAGGCAAACGCCAAAAUAAAUGAAACAGCGCCGACAAAUACGCGAAAUAGUGCAGCACGCAAAUUUCGUGAAUCGGUUAUCCCGAAAGAAGAUAAUUCUGACGUGACUGAUAAGCCAAAAAUAGUACUGCCAACCAUAACUGUGGUUGAUUGUAGUGGAGAUAUUAAUGGAGAGGUUGGUGAUUGCCUUGCACAACCGGUUAUAUAUAAUGGCACGGAUACUAGUUACGAUAGUGUUAAGAUAACACCGAUUGAAGAGGUGCUUGAGAGUAUUUUAAGUGAAACUGCAUCCAUUGUAACAAAUCAAAAUCAAAAUAGUCCCUAUCCACUGCACACUUCUGCGCGUCACAUCAAUAUAAAAUUAGCCGAAGUACCGGAAGAAUACGAAGAUGCCGAAGACCUUGGCAGUGAAAUCUCACGCCAACAUUAUGAUGUACCUGAGCAACAUAAUCUCGUGAAGAGUGAAAAUGCCAGUGAUUCGAAUUUGAGUACUGGCUGUCCUGACUCUGGGUUUGUCGAUGGUGCUCAGGCCAAAGCGGGUAGCAGCGAUAGAGAAGCUUUUGCACAGCGCGCCGCAACUAGUAAUACAAGUGGUCAUCAUUUACCUUUUGUUCGCGAUGGUAAUUCAACGGAUUGUGAUGAACUCUUAAUGCCGAACGAGGAAUAUGAUUAUUUAGAUAAUGUGGACGAUGGUGGUGUUACUAAUGUUGCUGAGCGUUUAGUGUGCAUUGAAAGCAUUAGCUUGCCUGAUGUUGUCGAGUCGACUGCUUCGAGUUUAUUGCAGGCAAAUGGCGCUAGUUCGUCUGGCUCAAGUACAACUGAAGAACAAAUUGUCAACAUAAAUGGCGCUACUGGCAAUAGUAUUGGUAAAGUGCACUUUGUACCCAUACAUGUUGAGGGUAGCUCUGAACCUGUAAAACGUCGCAGUGUCGAUGACAGUUGCAUUGGAAGCGGUGGUAUUAGAAUGGGUGAAGAGCCGACUAUUGAAAUUAUUGAAGAGGGUGGUGAUACAAAUUAUGCUAAAUCAAAUAAAUUUGGCAAUUUUGGCAAGGACUUAUUAGCGGAAAAGUACAAGUAAGU